AUGAAGGAAGAUGGCGAUGAGGAAGAUAACGAGCAGAACUGGGUUGCGGUGCCCCAGGAGAUAAUCUCGACCCCAUCAAACAAGGUCUCCAAGUCGGAGUAUCCAAAGACCUCGCUUGAACUUGCUUUAGCUUGUAUGGCAGACUUGGAUAAACGACAGCAGUGA